UAGAAACUUCAGCCUAACGGACUUGAGGAGUUCCUACAGAUGGAGAAAACAUUUUUGGGGGAUAAUAUAAAGCAAUAGAAGAAAACGAUUGUGAAAUAGACGGGCAUCUUUCCCAAACGUUUGUGGAUUUGGACCCUCCGAUCUUCACCAUGGCCAGACUGGAUUUGGAUGUGGACCUUGGUUUUGCCCUCUUCUUCUUCUUCCUCCUCUGCCUCUUCUUGCUGGUGACCAUUGUCCGCUGUGCCCAGAUGGUGCUGGACCCUUACAGCGCUGUCACUGUGACUACAUACCAGGAGGAGCAGUCGGAGGACUGAUGGAGACCACGGCCUCACACUUGAUUAAAGAAAGGCAUCUAAUCUUCCAAUAGGAACGAUGCAUCUACACUGCAGAGACGACUACAAUGAAUGGCCACAAGCCAUUAA